AUGCCAGCUGCCACAAAGAAGAGUGGUCCUAGAGCAACCAGGACCACCGAGGCCCCCAUGGCAGGAACAGGAGUUCCGCCAAUCAACAUCGAGGGCACCGCUGAUUGGUCAUCCUUGAGUAGGAUGAUGAACAGCAAGGGGAUUCAAUUCUCCAAAGCGAGGACGGCGGGUACCAGUGUGAAGGUAUUCACAAAUACACCACUGACUACCGUCAGCUAG